GAAUUAGAUCUAUCCAGAAAUAUUUUGUGUAAAGAUGGCGCCAGGAGUGUUGGUGAAAUGUUGAAGAGAAAUGACGGAAUAGUCAAACUGUCUUUAGAUCUGAGUUGGAAUGGCAUCAGAAAGAGAGGGGCCAAGGCCUUCUGUGACGGAUUGGCGGAGAAUGCAACGCUGGAGAAUAUGAAUCUAUCGUGGAAUGGUCUAGGUAGAGAGGGAUGUAAGGCGUUAGAACAUUGUCUACAGGAAAACCGAGUUUUAAAAAACUUAGAUUUAACUUGUAACCGAAUCGACUUCAUAGCUCUUAAACCACUUGUUAAUGCUCUAGUUAAAAACGAAACUUUACGCAAUAUUAAGGUGAGUGAUCUUGAAUCCAGACCACGCCAAUCCACUUCCAUUUCAUUGAAAGUCCUGUCUGUUGACCCUCUUGAUACCUUUGUGGCCCCCUUCUCUCAUAGAAACUCCACCGAAUCCCCAAAUCGCUCAUUGCUCAUGUAG